GUCUCAGAGUUGGAAAUUUAACUGAAUAAAUUAUCCCUGGUCUUCUGAAUUAUUAAUCUUGGCUGCAUGAUAUGCAAAUCAGACCUGCCUUAACCAUCUCCAGCAGCACAGCACUGGGGCAGAAGCUGUUUCCAGUUGCUAGCAGAGGUUCUGUAAAGGGAGAGGAAUUCGAACAUAAUGGUUAUAGUUCAGUUCAGUUCAACUCAGCAGAAUUUGUUGAAUGACUAUAACGUGCAGGGGACUAUGGCAUGGAAUUCAACUUGUAGAAACUGGCUAACAGCACAGGUUGCUUUGCAAAAGUACUAUCUUUCUAUUUUCUAUGGGAUUGAGUUCUGUGUAGGAAUUCUUGGGAAUACUGCUGUUGUUUAUGGCUACCUCUUCUGUCUGAAGAACUGGAGUAGCAGUAACAUCUAUCUCUUUAACCUCUCCAUCUCUGACUUGGCUUUUUUGUGCACCCUUCCCAUGCUGAUAAGAAGCUAUGCCAACCAAACCUGGUUAUAUGGAGAUGUGUUCUGCAUCAUCAACCGGUACGUUCUUCAUGCCAACCUCUACACCAGCAUCCUUUUCCUCACUUUUAUCAGCAUCGAUCGAUACAUGCUCAUGAAGCAUCCUUUCCGAGAACACCUUCUGCAAAAGAAAGAAUUUGCUGUUUUAAUCUCUUUGGCUAUUUGGGUUUUAGUAACCUUAGAGCUACUACCUAUACUUCCUCUUAUAAAUCCCACUACAACCGAAGAAGGCAUCAACUGUCUUGAUUAUGCAAGUUCUGGAGACCCUCGAUACAACCUCAUUUAUAGCAUGUGCCUAACCUUGUUGGGAUUCCUUAUUCCUCUUUCUGUGAUGUGCUUCUUCUAUUACAAGAUUGCUGUCUUCCUAAAGCAGAGAAGCAGGCAGCUCACUACCACCUUGCCCCUUGAAAAGCCUCUCCUCUUAGUUAUCAUGGCAGUGGUGAUCUUCUCCAUGCUCUUUACACCCUACCACGUCAUGCGGAAUGUGAGGAUUGCUACGCGCCUGGACACCUGGAAGCAGAAUCAAUGCACACAAGAGAUCAUCAAGUCCUUGUACAUCGUGACUCGGCCAUUGGCCUUUCUGAACAGUGCUGUCAACCCUGUCUUCUACUUCCUGAUGGGUGAUCACUUCAGGGAAAUGCUGAUGAGUAAACUGAGGCAACACUUUAAAUCCCUCACAAUCUUCAGAAGAUGAACUCAUGCUUUAUGAACUCAUACUUUCCUUUAGUGAAAAGUGAGCUGUUUGUGAAGCCGAUUGUUUUAUGCAUGCAGCAUUAAGCCAGGCAGACUUGGUUUUAACCCAUAGACAUAAAUCAGAGAGGAGCAUAAAUAUGAUAUGACUCUGGUUUGACAACUUACACACAAGGUGUGGAAAAGAAUAUAUUGAUUUGACCACCUAA